AUGUUGUAUAUGGAGAAUGGUAUGGCAACAUACGUCCAGAAAUGGGAGCCAUUUGUUGCCCAAGGACGAUAUGGCGGUGCUCAGCAGGGUAAUGGCAACAAAUAUAAGGAAAACUUCGUAUUUCUCGGGCUGAAAGAUGGCAACACCCUGUUCGUCGAUGAAGAUGUUGAUACACCCAACGAGCAAGAGAGUAGUACCAAAGCUGACAGCUAA